CUCUUCUUUUUUCUUUUCUUCUCAUUCGACAAGUACGAAGAAGAAGGAGAAGAAGAAAGAAAUUUAGUGAGAGAAAGUUUAGAGAGAGAGUUGAACCCACAGUUUUCAGCUAAAACCACUGGGAUGACAAUUUCUAGGGUUUUGUGAAUUUGAUAAGAAAUUUCAGAGGAAAGAGGAAAAUUGAACUCUGAGAUGGAAAUGCCAGGUAGACGAUCGAAUUAUACUUUGUUGAGUCAAGUUCCCGACGAUAAUUUCCUUCCUCCGCCUUCGAAGUACGGAGGUGGCGGCGGAGGAGCUCAGUAUUACGAGUCUCAUUCUGGCGAGAAGAGUAAUAAAGGCAAAGGAGCAGGUGAUAAUAGAGGAUAUGAUUGGGAUUUGAUUGAUCACCGUAUGAUGCAAGCGCCGACGACAAAUCGGAUCGGUGCGGCGGCACCGUUUCCAGGUUCGAUUGGUUUACAAAGGCAAUCGAGUGGGAGUAGCUUCGGUGAGAGUUCGAUCUCCGGGGAGUAUUACAUGCCGUCGUCGCUUUCUAAUGCUGAAGCAUCGUUUGGAUAUCUCAAUGACGGUGGCGGUGGCGGUGGCGGUGCUGAAUUGAGGAUGAAGCCGUUGGAUGCUGCUAAUUUGUGUGGCUCAUCUUCUAAGAGUUGGGCACAGCAGACUGAGGAGAGUUACCAGCUGCAGUUAGCGUUGGCUUUAAGGCUCUCUUCAGAAGCUACGUGUGCCGAUGAUCCCAAUUUCUUGGAUCCUGUGCCUGAUGAAUCCGCUUCCCGUGCUUCUGCUUCAGCUGCUUCAGUCGAGACCGUUUCCCAUCGAUUCUGGGUAAAUGGAUGCUUAUCGUACUUUGACAAAGUGCCUGAUGGAUUUUACUUGAUUCAUGGGAUGGAUCCAUAUGUCUGGAUUGUCUGCUCAAAUCUGCAAGAAAGUGCCCGCAUUCCAUCUAUUGAAUCAUUGAGGGCCGUUGAUCCCUCUGUAGUACCAUCACUUGAAGUGAUUUUGAUUGAUCGGCGUAGCGAUCCUAGCUUGAAGGAACUGCAGAAUCGGAUCCAUAACCUCUCGGCUAGUUGCAUCACAACAAAAGAGGUUGUUGAUCAGCUCGCUAAGGUGGUCUGCAAUCAUAUGGGGGGCACAGCUUCUGCUGGAGAAGAUGAGUUGGUUCCUAUGUGGAAGGAGUGCAGUGAUGACCUGAAGGAUUGUCUAGGAUCUGUCGUGCUUCCCAUUGGUAGCCUGUCUAUUGGCCUUUGUAGGCAUCGAGCUUUGCUAUUUAAAGUGCUAGCUGACAUCAUUGAUUUACCAUGUCGAAUUGCGAAAGGAUGUAAAUAUUGUAAUAGAGCUGAUGCUUCCUCAUGUCUAGUUCGAUUUGGACUUGACAGCUCUUCACCAUACAGGGAGUACCUGGUUGAUUUGAUUGGGAACCCUGGAUGUUUAUGUGAACCAGAUUCCUCGCUCAAUGGCCCAUCUUCUAUCUCAAUUUCUUCACCAUUGCGAUUUCCGAGAUUCAGAGAAGUUGAACCAACAACUGAUUUCAGGUCACUUGCCAAACAGUAUUUCUCAGAUUGUCAAUCGCUUAAUCUUGUGUUCGAGGAUCCUUCAGCAGGAGCUGCUGUUGAUGGAGAAUCAGGACAAACUGACCGAAAUAAUAUGGAGAGAAACAGUGUAGUCCCUAGUUCAAGUAACCGUGAUGAAAUUUCUCGGUUACCUGUGCCUCCAAUUAAUGCAUGGAAAUUGGACAGGGACAUGGUUCCUGUGAAGCAUGUCCCUCCAGUUGGGCAUGGAGAUACUCAACCGCUGAUGGCAUUAUCAGACCCAAGAGAAAGAGGGAAUGAUAUGAGGUUUCUCGAGGGAGGAAGUCAACUUGUUCCUGCUAAACAAAGUAGAGACCUUGCCCUUGAAGUAGAAGAAUUCGAUAUUCCCUGGGAAGAUCUUGUUCUGAAGGAGAGGAUUGGGGCAGGGUCUUUUGGUACCGUUCACCGUGCUGAUUGGAAUGGAUCUGAUGUUGCUGUGAAGAUUCUCAUGGAACAAGAUUUUCAUGCGGAGCGAUUCAAGGAAUUUUUGCGGGAGGUUGCAAUUAUGAAGCGAUUGCGACAUCCAAAUAUUGUGCUUUUUAUGGGUGCUGUCACUCAGCGACCAAACUUGUCCAUAGUUACAGAAUAUUUAUCAAGAGGUAGCUUAUACAGACUUCUUCAUAAACCUGGUGCGAGGGAGGUUUUGGAUGAAAGGCGUCGGUUGUCUAUGGCUUACGAUGUGGCAAAGGGGAUGAAUUAUCUACAUAAGCGCAAUCCUCCCAUUGUUCAUAGAGAUUUAAAAUCUCCAAAUCUUUUAGUGGACAAGAAAUAUACAGUGAAGGUCUGUGAUUUUGGUCUUUCUCGUUUAAUAGAGAACACAUUUCUCUCAUCAAAGUCGGCUGCUGGGACUCCGGAAUGGAUGGCACCUGAAGUUCUUCGCGAUGAACCAUCAAAUGAGAAAUCUGAUGUAUAUAGCUUUGGUGUCAUUUUGUGGGAGCUCGCGACGUUGCAACAACCCUGGAGUAAUUUGAACCCGGCACAGGUUGUAGCAGCUGUCGGCUUUAAGGGGAAAAGACUUGAAGUUCCACGUGACUUGAAUCCUCAAGUAGCAAGCAUUAUUGAGGCUUGCUGGGCCAAAGAACCAUGGAAACGUCCCUCCUUUUCUGCAAUCAUGGAUAUGCUGAGACCACUAAUUAAACCUCCUGUGACACCUCCUCAACCAGGUCGUACGGACAUGCAGUUGCUUACAUGAAUGCGUGUAUUAAAUGUAUGAUUUCUGCACAUAUUUGGCAUUCUUUGUUAAUCACCUUUCUGGGAGGAACAAGGCUUCAGUUACUUCAGGCGUCUGUUCUGUACAUAUUCGUUCAGAAUGUUUUGUAGAGCCCGUAAUUUUUUUCACAAAUUCAAGCAGCCAUUUCUCUGAGAAUACCAUUUGCAAUUGGCUUGUACGCUUCCUCCUGGAAUAUUUGUUUAGCCAUGUGAUUUUGUUAAAGCCAGCUACAACAGUUCUUCAAUUUUCUGCCCAAAAAUGAUUUUGUAUGUAUAAGAAUUAUAACGAGAAGUUGUAUUAUAGGAAAGCACACUUUGAGUUAGCUUACAUGCAAUCUCUGUCUCAUGUUU